AUGUCUCCUUUUUUUAAUUUCCGCGCCUUUUCAAGCUGGCUUGAAGAUGUAGGACUGAAUAAGCAGCCAUCAUCAACCUCGGACAAACCUCACAAUUACAGCCCAAAUGCCGGCCGCUGGGUGCACUGCGAUCCUUGUGAGGCCAAAAUGGAUGCUCCAUUGCUUUACGAGGCUGGUUGGGGAAAGCAGCUUAGCUAUGUGUUUGCUUUCACUUUACCACCAUUAAAUUAUGUUGGAGAACUCAUGGACUACACAAUUACAGGGGUUAAAUCUGAGGCUGUGGCUGUACAAGAUGUUACGUGGAGAUAUACACGCGAGCCGAAAAAGGCAAGCAAACUAGCUAACUUUAGCGGCAGCACGGUUACUUUUUUAUCGUAA